AUGGCCUCUUUACGGAUGAACCUGAGGCGUCCGUGGUCGGCGUGUCGACUUUCAACCGCAGUUGGUGCACCCGUUGGGCGUCGUGGCUUCACUGCGCGGGCUCCAUUGGUACCUCACAGAAGCAAUGAAACGCGGCGAUUGGGGCUGUUUGACUUGACAGGCAGAGUAUUUGUCGUAACGGGUGGUGGACGUGGACUCGGUCUCUCCAUGGCUCAAGGUCUCGUCAAUGCCGGCGGCAGGGUAUACUGCUUCGAUCGUGCACCUCAACCGAGCCUAGAAUUCGGAGAAGCAAGAGAUAGGAUGAAGGAGUAUGAGGGCGAGCUAGAGUACCGCCAAGUUGAUGUAACUCAGAAUGAAGAGGUGGAAUCUCGCAUGGCGGCUAUUGCGGCAGAGGGACAGAGAUUGGAUGGCCUGAUUGCAGCGGCCGGUAUACAGCAAGUCACGUCGGCUCUUGACUUCAAGAAAGAAGACAUCAUGAAGAUGCUAGAAGUCAACUACACGGGCGUCUUUAUCGCUGCUCGCGCGUGUGCUCGCCAGAUGAUCAAGUACAAGACGCGAGGCUCGAUUUGCCUCAUCGCAUCCAUGAGCGGUACAAUUGCGAAUCGGGACUUCAUUGCACCCGUCUACAACUCGUCCAAGGCUGCAGUGAUUCAGCUAGGACGUAAUCUGGCCAUGGAGUGGGGCAGAGUGGGUCCGGACGGCGCUGGGGGCAUUCGAGUGAAUACACUCAGCCCAGGACACAUUCUGACGCCAAUGGUCGAGGAAAACCUCAGGAAAGGCGAGGCCAGCCGUGAAGCAUGGGAGGAGAAUAGUAUGCUGGGUAGGUUGAGCAGGCCAGCGGAGUAUGAGGGAGCAGGCGUUUUCUUGAUGAGUGAUGCAAGCAGUUUUAUGACCGGUCAUGAUAUGAAGAUUGAUGGUGGUACGACUGCGUGGUGA